AUGGCUAAAUCACAUAGAUUGAGCCUUAUUAACUCUCACCUUCUAUCACAAUUUCCUGCUCUUCCAUAUGAUAAUUCUCUUCAGACUUUUAGGCAGCGCGGAUCUCCUUUAAACGCUUCUGCUAUCCUUGAGAGCUAUUUUCGUGAUAUGACUCCUGGAGUGAUCAGAAUUCGCCAACUCAUAAAUUCAAGUAAACUUUUUGAUCACCAAGCAGAAGUAGGCAUGCCCACUGACCAGCUCAGAGAGCUUGUUGUCAGACAAAUUCAAGAGAUUUAUCUUGCUCAGAAUAUAACUCCAGAAUUAGACGAGGCAGACCCAUGAAGGUCGACUCAAGUUUUCUAUGUUCUUGGAGAAUUUGAUGCGUCAGUCGCAACUCGUCUGACAGUCUCUGUCGGUCUCUAUGGAGAUACUUUAAAAUCCUUAGGCACUCAAAAGCACAAGAACCUUAUUGAUAGAGUUUAUGCAGUCCACGACUAUGGCUCUCUCUCUGUGACAGAAAUGGGGCACGGGUCAAAUGUCUCAAUGCUUGAGACUACAGCAACUUUUGACCAUACAACUAGAGAAUUUAUUAUUAAUUCUCCAACAGCCACAUCCGCUAAAUGGUGGGUUGGUGGGGUAGCUAAAUCUUCAAACAUGACCGCCCUUUUUGCUAGGCUCAUAGUAGAAGGAAUUGAUAGAGGAAUCCAUGUCUUUGCAAUCCCUAUCAGAGACUAUAAUACACAUGAACCUCUGCCUGGAGUUGUAAUUGGUGAUUGUGGAAAAAAGAACAGUCUAAAUGGUAUUGAUAACGGCUUUUUAAUUUUUAAAAACUAUAGAGUUCCUUAUGAUUGCUUGCUAGAUAAGCACAGCUCAAUUUCACUUGAUAAUAAAUUCAAAAGCCAUAUAAAAAACAAUGAUAAAAGACUUGCAAUGAUGCUUGGAGGGAUACUAAGAGGAAGAAUAGGGACAAUAAGUCUUGCCGAGUAUACCAUGAAAAAUGGGCUAACAAUUGCACUAAGAUAUGGAGCAGUCAGAAAACAAUUUGGGAGCAAAACACAAGAAUCAGCCAUUUUAGACUAUCAAACUCAUCAGUACAGGUUGAUCUCCAAUAUGCCUAAGCUUUUUGCCAUCCGAGCAUCAGCAAACCAGAUGCUCUCUGAUUUCAAAUCUGUCAGACAAAAAUCAAGAGUCGACCCAGAAUGUGAAGAAGUUCAAGAAUAUCAUGCUCUUUUAUCUAUAGCGCUUUCCCGAGGAUGGCGCGGAAUGGCGCCAUCCUCGGGAAAGCCAGAAAGGCAUCCACACGGGAACUGGGAGUUCCACGUGUGGAUGCCAUUUUGACAUGUGGAAGUUUGGAUCCCACAUGUCAAAAAUGGCAUCCACACGUGGAACUCCCAGUUCCCGUGUGGAUGCUUAGUUGACUUUCCCGAGGAUGGCGCCAUUCCGCGCCAUCCUCGGGAAAGCGCUAUACUCUUAAAGGCUUAUCCACACAGUUUUCUGCUCUUACUCUAAAAGAAUGCCGUGAAGCAUGCGGAGGUCACGGAUAUUCCGCCCAUUCAGCCCUUGGCCGUUUACUAAACAACCAAGAUAUAAACUCCACCUGGGAAGGCGACAACACCGUUCUCGCUCAGCAAACUGGAAAAUAUCUUCUCAAACAAAUUCAAAGGAUGUACAAAGGCCAAAAAGUCACAAGUCCAACCCUGCAAUAUUUAAACCCAGAUUUCGACCAUAUUAAAAAUUACAAAGCAAACUUCUCUAACAAAGAAGAGCUCCUCAACGAAAAGCUUCUUUUCGAAAUCCUUGAAUACAGGGUCAACUACUUGAUCCACAAAUGCAUCAACAAAUUGCAGACAAAUGCAGCGAAAUAUGCAGAAGUCAUAGAUGCUUGGAACAAUACACAAGUUUUCUAUGUGCAGGAGUUAAGUAAAGCUUAUGGAGAAAGAGUGAUGGCAAACAACUUGAGAUUUAUGGCAGAUGAUGUGUUGGCAAAAUGUGAAAAUACUGGGAAAGCGUUUAGAAAAUUAUUGCAUCUCUUUAUAGUGGAAAGAAUUGAAAAGAGCCUGGCUACGUAUUUAGAGUUUGCGAUUACUCCAAAUCAGGCUGAUAUUGUUAGGGAAACUGAGCUUGAGCUUUGCAAAGAGCUUAGUGAUCAUUGCAUAAAUAUAAUUGAAGCUGUAGCUCCACCAGACAAGAUGAUAGGCUCGAUAAUUGGAACUUCUGAUGGACAGGUUUACCAAAACAUAAUAAACACAGUAGAAAGUUAUCCAGAUGUCUAUAAGCAGGCCUCCUGGGCACAUCUGUUCAAGGACAUCAGGAAGCUAACUAAAUUAAAUUCAAGUUAA